CUACUUCCUGUUUCCCGUCGUUCAUACAUACCAUGGUACACGCACGUGAAGGUCAGCAAUAGAGCUCCUGUUUUUGAAGUUUUAGUUCCAUAACAUCGUUUAUGAUAAAUAAUGGACGGCCAGGGAGCGACAGCCGACCCCCAGCUUCAGCAGUUCAUCGAGAUCGAGUCUCAAAAACAGAGAUUUCAGCAGCUGGUGCACCAGAUGACUGAGGUUUGCUGGGAGAAAUGCAUGGAUAAACCUGGGCCAAAACUGGACUCAAGGACAGAAAUUUGCUUUGUUAAUUGUGUGGAGAGGUUUAUUGACACCAGCCAGUUCAUCCUAAACAGACUGGAACAGACUCAGAGGGGCAGGGGCUCGUUCUCGGAAACCAUGUCGGACUGAAAACCAUCCCAGAAAAGACUGACAAGAUGCAGAGCCCUCAGCUUUUGCUCUGAGAGGAUGCCAUUCAGCUAACUUAUGUCACUGAUCUGUCCUUUCAGCUGAAGGAAAUGAACACCGUGGAUGGUUGCUUUUGAUACAAGUGCCUGAGAUAAACAUCAUGUCUGGAGUAUUGAAAAUGUCUCUCUAAAUAGCAGGACAUGAGUGCUGAAAAAUGCAUAGACCGUCUUCUUUUAGGAAAAACCAGUGGGCUCAGUGUGGGAAUCUGCAGGAGUACAGAUACACUUGGGACAUUCAGCCGGCCAGCUGUUUUCGACAGCCACGAGGACUCGACCAUCCAUUUUGCCAUAACUCAAGUGAAGAAAUGAUCACAUGACUAAGGAGGUGUGAGGUUAUGGACUGUAUAUAUGCAAUAAACCAAUGCCAAAUAAUUCUGUCAGUCAGUUGUGUAUUUUAAUCGGCUUUAUAAAACAGAAAAAAGUAACAGUUAACAUGAGAGAUGUGAUAACAGCUCGGCACAUUACUGGAAUAAAUGAAUACAAAGAAA